UGCUUAUCCGGGAUAGUGUAAGUCAUGUUUCGGUCAGCGUCCUUGCUUUUGCUGUUUACUGGUGUGCAGCUGACGUUCUGCGAGACGGAAAUCUUGCAAUUUUGGAAAUGCAAGGACAGCGACACUCAGCGCUGGACGAAAACCGACGAUAAUUUGCACACACGGUUAGAUCACGGCUGCGCAGGUGGAGAGUGCCAGAGCGAGACGGCGUUUGCUGUUCGAGGCUCCGCUGUUGUUGAUACGACGACGAGAUUGUGCGCCGACUGCUCUCCAUACGUGGAAAAGCGAGAAUGGAGACUAGAAAUGCGAGAGUGCACAAAUUCAAAGUCUCAGCAAUGGCUCUUGAGUGGAAACAAAAUGCACUGUGCCGCUGUUGGCAGUGACAUGUGCCUAGAUGUUGGAGCCACUCCAACGUGUGCCGACAAACCAUUCAGCACAUUUCCAUAUUGCAAUCCAGACUUAACGUUUAUUGAUCGAGCUAAAGAUAUUGUGAGCAGAUUGACUGUUGAUCAGAAGAUCUCUCAGCUGGGAAAUGGGGCUGCUGGUGUCCAGUCUGACAACGUGUCUAUUAAUGCUUAUCAGUGGUGGUCUGAGGCUCUUCAUGGUGUGGCUGGCUCUCCUGGGGUACACUUUGGUGGAAAUCUGUCGCAUGCUACUUCAUUCCCACAAGUCAACACAUUAGGAGCGACGUUCAACAAGACUCUGUGGCACACAAUGGGAAGUUAUAUUGCAACCGAAUGUCGAGCGUUUGCAAACCAAGGCCAAGCUGGUCUCACAUAUUUUGCUCCGAACAUCAACGUGUACAGAGAUCCACGAUGGGGUCGUGGUCAGGAAACCCCAGGAGAAGAUCCCUAUCUUACUGCCAACUAUGCUGAAGCGUUUGUAUCAGGAAUGCAGAGUGGGGAAGAUGCAAGGUAUUUCAAAGUGAUCACAACAUGCAAACAUUAUGACGCAUACGAUCUUGAGAAUUGGAACAAGACUGAUCGUCAUCACUUUAAUGCUGUCGUUUCUGCUCAAGACCUGGUUGAGACGUAUCUGCCGGCUUUCGAGUCGUGUGUGAGGCGUGCUCAUGGAGCAAGCAUUAUGUGCAGCUACAAUGCAGUCAAUGGCGUUCCAAGCUGUGCAAACGACUUCCUUCAGAAUAAGAUUGUUCGCGACGAGUGGGGCUUUAAUGGAUACAUUGUCAGCGAUUGUGGGGCCAUUAAUGACAUCAUGUCAUCUCACCAUUACACCGACACUCCAGAGGCGACUGUGGCAGCAGGUCUAAAAGGAGGAUGCGAUCUCGACUGUGGUGGGUUUUACCAGAAGAACGGAAAGGCUGCAAUAGACAAGAAGACGAUCAGUGAGGCAGAUCUCGAUCUUGCCGUGAUGAGGCUAUUCGAGCAUCGUAUUCGUUUGGGAGAGUUUGAUCCUCCCGAUGAGCAACCAUAUCGUAAAAUAGGAACCGACGCUGUGGCUACAGACAAUCACAAUCAGUUGGCUUUGGAUGCCGCCAGGCAAGGAAUCGUUUUGCUGAAGAAUGAGAAUGGGACGUUGCCAUUGAGCAAGACAGUCAAGGUGGCAUUGAUUGGACCAAAUGCCGAUGCUACUGGAACUAUGCAAGGAAAUUAUCACGGUACCGCUCCGUUUCUUAUCAGUCCGAUGAUGGGCAUUCAGAAAUUGGGUGUCAAUGUGACAUAUCAGCAGGGAUGUGAUGUGAAGUGUUCCAGUACAUCUGGCUUUGAUGCUGCCGUGAAUGCAGCGAAAGAGAGCGACGUUGUCAUCCUCGUUCUCGGGUCAGACAACAGCAUUGCCAGUGAGGGUCACGACCGUACCACUCUCGUUCUUCCCGGCAAUCAAGAGAAACUGCUAGAGGAGGUGAAGGCCGCAUCGAAGGGACCGCUAAUUGUCGUGCUGAUGUCGGGUGGUCCAUACGACAUCUCAUAUGCAAAGACCAACGCUCAGGGAAUUCUGUGGGUCGGGUACCCGGGUCAAGCCGGUGGUCAAGCAAUAGCAGAGGUUCUAUUUGGAGACUACAACCCCGGUGGACGCUUGCCAGUAACAUUUUAUCCGGCUGAUUAUGUCAAUCAGAUUUCGUUCUUUGAUAUGGGAAUGCGAUCACCUCCCGGACGGACAUACAAGUUCUACACAGGAAUGCCAAUUUAUUGGUUUGGUGACGGCAUGAGUUACACGACGUUUUCGUAUAAAUGGCAAGAUAAGUUGGUGUCUUCGAUUGAUAUGAGUAUCGAUGAGAUGAUGGCAGAUGGGGUGCCACCGUAUAAUGUAACUGUGACGAAUACGGGAAAGAUGAUGGGAGACGACGUCGUGCUGGCAUUUGUCAACUCAACAGCUCCUGGUGCACCGCAGAGAGAGCUGAUUGGAUUCGAGCGUGUCACACUUGCUCCAGGAAAGUCGCAGAAUGUCUUCUUCGCUGUCUCUGCCACGACUUUCUCUAUUGUCAACAGUGAUGGUCGCCGGGUUAUCCAUCCAGCAUCGUACAGCAUCACUGUUGGAGACUUAGUUCAUACGGUUAACCUAAAAGGUGAGACAACCAUCCUUGCCGAACACCCAUUCAAGAAGUGGUGAUGUUAUGACAUGAUUUGGUGUCAAGUUUUAGUGUUUCUUUUGCUUCUGUACUUGGGUUCUAAGUUUUUUUCUUAUUGUUUGUCAGUUACUGCAACUGUGUGGCAACCUUUUGUGUUUGAUGGUAUAUUUGUACGAGAUGUAGUCUGCAGAGCCAUUCUAAUUUUUUUGUUCUGCUUUUGUAUACGUCCAACAGGUCAGGUUUUAGUGUUUAAUUAAAAUGAAUUGCGGCUCGAUGUCACCAAAAUGUGUAGUCGUCCAGUUUUUUCCACGCAUCAUUCCCGAUGCCUGACAAAUGACAUGUCAGAUAUUUAGUCUUUACCCCUUCAUUUUGUGGUUUGAUUUGGUAUGCUUAAAC